GCCAAGCUGAGGAAGAAGAAGCGCGAGGAGGAACUGAAAGCCGCCAAGGCCAGGGCGGGCAAGGAUGAGGCAGUGGAGCAGCCCGAGGCAGCAGAGGGGCAGACCACGGAGGGCCAAAGCCUGGACGAAGGCUCACAAGGAGAAGGCGAAAACCUGGCCGCAGAAGCUCGCUGGACAAGCACAGAACCGGUCA